AAUGAGUCUAAUUCGUCCAACUAUUAGGUCUUUGAUGAAGAUAUCAGCAAUAAAUCAAUCUCAUGUGCUAGUUAAUAUCUACUCUGGUAAUCUGCCUAUUCACAAUGGAAAUAUAGCUAAUGUAAAAUGUUCAUACAUUAAUAAUAUUUAUGUUGAAAGUGAAAUUGAUAAUGAUGCUGAAAAAGAUGUUUUACUUAAAACUGCUAGUCAUGUUAAAAAUAAAGUUAUUAACAUCACAUAUUCAACAUUAAACAAUUACGAAUUGAAAGAAUUUGUUGAAAAUGCUGGAAAUUGUACCCAAGGAAUGUAUUUAAUGGCAAAUAAUACUCAAUCGUCCCGUUUCUAUUUUACAUUUCUUGAUGGAACAACUUAUAAAUUGAAAGAAGCGAAUGAUGGAAUAUGUAAAUGUAUAAUAGAUCAACCUUGCGCCAAUAAUCCGAUAAAUGAAUGUACUGAUUAUGGAGCUAGCGCAAACGAUCAAACAUACAUUCUAGAAGGUAAUUUGGCAGUUUUACCUAAAAGACUACCUCUGGUACAAACUUCUUACGGAGAUUUAGAUGCUGAAAAUGAAUGGGCAAAACAUAUAAUAAAACCUUUGAAAUGCAUUAAUUAUAUUGUCAAAAACAUUCAAGUAUUAUCGUCUAUUAAUUGUACUCAGAAUGUUCAAUUUCUGAUUGAUGGUGAUGUAAAUACUUGUAUAGAAAUUGAUAAAUCAGUCUCAGCCCUACACCUAAGAUAUUAUUUUAAUAGAAAGAUUAAGAUAAUCUCGUCAUUAAAUGAUAGUUUAUCGGCAAUGAUAUACACUAAAUUGAAUGGAAGCAAACUUGAAUUAUGUAAACAAACUGGUGAUUUGAAUUUUGUUUGCGAACAAAAAAAUUCCAGAGAACUCUAUAUUCAUAUUUUUACUCAGUUGGCUAAUUCUUCAAAAAAAGUUUGUGAAAUAGAAGCAGAAGAAUAAGAUUCUAGAGAGAG